GAUGGUAGUGGUUCCAUCGACUUCAGGGAACUGGUGUGCGGCCUAUCUGUGCUGUGUAAAGGCAGUCAGGAAGAGAAGAUUGAGUACGCGUUCAAGGGUUAUGACUUGGAUAAUAGUGGGUACAUUACACGCGACGAAUUGCGUAAGAUGUUCAAGGCCUACUUCUACCUGAGCAUGGAGCUGGUCAGAGAUGUUGUGAAGGCGUUGGAAGAG